AUGGAAACAGAAAAUCAAAAUACCACCAUCACUUCCUUUGUCCUUUCUGGUUUCUCAAAUAAUUUGGCAGUGAAUGUCUUCCUCUUUUUUGUAUUCUUUUUUAUUUAUGGGCUAACUUUACUCACAAAUAUAAUGAUUAUGGUUGUUACAAGUCAUUUCCCAAGCCCCAUGUAUUUUUUCCUGGCUCAUCUGGCUUUUCUUGAUAUCUGUUUGUCUUCUGUCACUGUGCCUAAGCUCUUAGGAAUUUUUAAUAAAAGGCAGACAAUUUCAUAUUCUGCCUGUUUUGUCCAAAUGUUCUUUAUUCUUCUAACAGGAAGCAAUGAAACUUGCAUUCUUACAGCAAUGGCCUAUGACCGAUAUGCUGCUAUCUGCACACCUCUCCAUUAUGUACAAAUUAUGAACAAAGCAUGUUGUAGAUGGCUGGUGGGUGGUGCUUUGGUUGUGGCUUUUUCAUAUGCUUUGAUGAAUACAUUUCAUGCUUUGAAAUUGGAGUUCUGUGGAAAAUGCUUUAUCAAACAUUUCAGUUGUGAAUUUACAUCUGUACUUGCCGUAUCUUGUACGGACACAAUCUCCAAUUUGACACUAUUACUCAUAACUAGUGGUAUCAUUGCUAUGUCUUCAUUGACUGUGAUUCUGUUUUCCUACAUUCACAUCAUCUCUACUAUCUUGAAGUUGAAUUCCCCAGAAGCAAAAAGAAAAACGUUCUCUACCUGUACUGCUCAUCUUAGUGUUGUGGCUUUGUAUUAUAUCACUGGAUGUUUUAGGUAUCUGAGGCCCAACUCAGUCUCUUCAGUUAUUGUAGAUGGGAUUUUCUCCAUUCAGUAUAGUAUUUUUACACCCAUGCUGAACCCUCUUAUCUACAGCCUGAAAAACAGGGAAGUGAAAGAAGCCAUCAAAAAGCUAAUGGGCUAA